AUGGAUGAGAAUUAAUCAAGAGUGACUUUACUAUAUACUCAAGAAUCAUAUUUAAAAUAUCUAAAAUACUUAUAAUACUAAUCUAACCAUUAAUUCUAUUCUUCUUGGAAAUAUUUUUUAAAUUAGGUAGAAAAAUAAAUACCUUAUAGUAUUUUUAGAUAUAUUUUUUCAAUCAAUAAAUCAUAAAUUACAUAUGGUAUCCACCUUUAUUUGCUCAAAGCUGGAGGUCUCUAUAUUUACUUAGUGGGUAAGUCAAAAAGAUUUUUAAUUUUAAAAAUACAUUUAGCUUGCAAAAUAAUUAAUAACUAUAUUCAAAGUUAAUGUUAAUUAAUAGACUUAAGAUAGUCUUUCUUUAUUUUUAAUUAUAAGUGGUACUUUAAUUGA